AUGGUUCUUUCCUGGAUCGCCAAUUCUCUCGACACUGAAAUUGCCCACAGUGUGCUAUAUGCUUCCUCCGCUCAUGAGGUUUGGGUUGAUCUUCACGACCGUUUCUCCCAAAAGAAUGCUCCGCGCAUCUUUGAGAUCCGUCGUGCGAUUUCUAGCCAUCGCCAGGGCACAUCUUCCUUGGCCACUUACUACACCCUUCUCAAGGGUUUUUGGGACGAACUUGCGUCCUACGAUUCCUACCCGGCAUGCACGUGCAGUGUUCUUCAACACCAUGCUGAACUACUUCAACAUGAUCGUUUGCUUGAAUUUUUGAUGGGUCUUAACGACUCAUACACUUCCAUCCGCAACCAGCUACUAUUGAUGGACCCUUUGCCUUCCAUCAAUCAUGCCUAUUCAUUACUUCUACAAGAAGAACGUCAGCGCUCCAUCCUUGCGGCACCAGAGCCAUCUCUCACCCAAUCGGCCCUUGCUGCACAUGGCCGCCCGAACUCCAAAUCUGGACGCCCUAAACCACAUUAUCAUUGUGAUUUUUGUGGUCUUGAUGGUCACUCUGAAUCCCGAUGCUUCAAGAAACACGGGUACCCUCCAAAGACCCCUUCCAAGACUACUGCUCCUGCUCCAUCAUCAACCCCGGUUCGGUCCCUGGCGGCCUCAGUGGUGGACACCCCUGUUGUUCCUGCGCAUACCUUCACCACCGAGUAA